AUGGUCCUCGCAGCCGCACGUGCCUCUGAACAUCAGCGCUUGGAACUAGUGGCCACUUUGGACGCCAUGGCUUCCCAGAGUCGUACUUUGCCCGUGCUGGUCGCCGCUGCCUGCUGCGCCGCCGUGCUGCGCAGCUUCUGGGCAGCGAGCCCGCCGACGUUCGUGGCACCGCAGCAGAGUGUCCACAUGGGCUGCCAGGCGCUGUCGAGCGGUGCUCUCGCCGCUGGGCAAGUGCCGGCCAUCGUGAACACCGUGCCAGCACGCCCAGGAGUCCCGGCACACUUCAAGGUGACUCUGGAGACGCCAGAUGGCGAGCAGUCCUUCGAAUGUCCGGAAGACGUGUACAUCCUGGAUCAGGCUGAGGAGGAAGGACUCGAGCUGCCUUACUCCUGCCGCGCCGGCUCUUGCUCCAGCUGCGCCGGCAAGGUCCUGUCGGGCGAAAUCGACCAGAGUGACCAGGCCUUCCUGGACGAUGACCAGAUGGGCGAUGGCUUUUGCCUGACUUGCGUGACUUAUGCCACCUCCGAUGUGACAAUCAAGACCCACUGUGAGGAUGAGCUGUAA